AUGAAAACUAUCGAGAAACCCCAGUCCCGCCAGCUCAAGUCCAUCUCGUGGCUUUUGCUGGUAUCUUCGCUUCUGGCAGCUUUAUUUCUCUUUGCCUUGGAUAACACUAUCGUGGCCAAUGUGCAGCCCAGUAUUAUCGAUACUCUAGGGCACAUCGAGAAAUUACCAUGGAUCUCUGUUUCCUUUUCUUUGGGGGCAGUAGCUACCAACCUUCCUUGGGGGCAGCUGUAUAGUCAUUUCAACAACAAGCUUUUGUUCAUUGGAGGAGUCGUGAUCUUUGAAGUCGGCUCUGCAGUAUGCGGUGCAGCGCCCACUCUUGAUGCUCUCAUUAUUGGACGUGCCAUCUGCGGGAUUGGCGGCAUGAGCAUCUAUCUGGGCACAAUCAAUAUGGUGUCAACAUUGACGACCGAGACUGAACGACCAAUCUAUCUUGGAUUAGUGGGGUUAACUUGGGGAAUUGGUACAAUACUUGGGCCUAUUAUCGGCGGCGCGUUCACCGACAGCUCUGCCACCUGGAGAUGGUCCUUUUAUAUCAAUCUCUGCAUCGGAGGCGUAGCGGCACCCGUUUAUAUUUUCCUGCUUCCCGAAUCAAAUCCUCGUCCGGGGCUGAGUUUUCUCUCCAGAGCGCGCGAUUUGGACUUUGCAGGAGCCAUCCUCAGUGCCGGGGCCAUUGCCUCUCUGAUUAUGGCCGUCUCGUUCGGAGGGGCCGUUUUCGCCUGGAAUAGCGGGCAGAUCAUUGGGCUGUUUGUCUGCACCGGGGUGCUCUGGAUAUCAUUUACUAUCCAGCAGAUGUUUGCUCUGCUCACCACCCCAGAGCACCGGUUAUUCCCCGUCGACCUCCUCCGAUCCUGGGAAAUGGUGGUUCUGUUUGCACAGAUGGCCAGUGCACAAGCUAUUGUGACGAUCCCCAUCUACUUCAUUCCAUUAUUCUUCCAGUUCGCGGAAAACGAAGGCGUCCUGGGCAGCGGCGUGCGUCUGCUUCCAUUCGUCCUCGUCCUCGUGUUCGCCGUGAUGCUAAACGGAGCCCUCAUGGCGAAAGUGGGAUACUAUAUGCCUUGGUAUGUCUUGGGCUCGAUCCUGGCUCUGAUCGGCAGUUGUCUGCUCUACACGAUCCACGUCGGGAUGCCAUCUCGCAACAUCUACGGUUUCUCGGCUCUCACGGCCUUGGGGGUUGGACUCUACUCGCAGGCCGGAUUCGCCGUGGCCCAGGUCAAAGCCGCGCCGCAGCGGUUGUCACAGGCGGUGGCUUUCAUCGGCGUCGGCCAGGUCGGCAGCAUCGCGUUGACGCUUAUGAUCUCGAAUAGCAUUUUCAUCAACCGUGCCACGCAUGGCAUUGCGCUGGUCUUACCGCAGGCAUCCCGCGAUGCCAUCCAACAGGCGAUCUCCGGGGCACGAGGCUCCUUCUUCACCACUUUGUCGGCGACAGCGAGGGCUCGAGUUCUCGAAGCGAUUGCGGAUACCAUCUCGGAGGUCUUCAUCAUGAUGAUUGCUGCGGCAGGGCUUUCAUUGAUCUUGGCGACGUUCAUGAAAAGGGAGAAAUUGUUUGUUGCGGAGGAAGCCAGUAAGAACAGUGCCGGGGUCGUUGGCUAG